GGUAGUCUACUUGCACCAUCCCUAUAAUGUUGAGGCUCGAUCCGCUCGAUCACCUGGGUCGGCAAUCGGCACUGUCGGUACUGUCGGCAGUCUCGGCAGUCUUGCAGUCCGUGCUUCCAUGUAGAGGCUCGAAAGUUAAAAAAAAGAAUGUGACAUAAUAAAUAAAAUAACAGUGUGGUAAAAAUUUACAAUCCCUACAAGAAAGAUUAGAGAAAAUGAUAAUGCAUUGUUGAUGUAAUAAACCAAUAAAACUAUAAAAGACUAUUGCUAACAAGUGUAACGCGAUAUAUUAAUGUUUCACGAAAAAUUAGUGAAAAAUUAUAGAAAAAUAAUGUUAAAUAACAUUUCGUCGAUAUUAAAGCGACUAGUAUCGAAAAACACAAUCGUUUAUAAUUGUCGUACAAUUUGUACGACGAGUGAACGAUCAUUCUUUUUUGAAAGUGACGACAAGAAAGGUUAUCCAAGAUUGAGCGAUGUUCGCGAUGAAGCGAAAACGCCUUGGCAAAAAAUGUGCCAGGGUUGGAAGAUAUUGCUGGAGGAAUUAGCGCUUUGGAAAGAAGAAGUCAAGGAUUAUUUACAUUUUGAUCCUAUAACCAUUCUUCGAGAGGGUGAGGUUGAUGUUCAAUGGAGAUUCGAAGGAGAUCCAAGUAUUUUGGAUCAAUGGGUAGUAACCGCAGAUAGUGACUACGGUGAAGGCAAUUCAACGGCGAGUAUACAGUUGUCAAAGACAGGACGAGGUAUUUUUAUGGGUAACCUCGACGCUCGACACUUCAUUGAUGGAAGAAUAAAACGAACAGGUUACUGCAAUAUGAGAUCAGUGAGAGUACGAAAAUCUUUUCAUCGCACAGCGCAUCUACCAUGGGGUCCGUAUUCGCAUCUCGUGAUGAGAGUUCGUGGUGAUGGAAGAAACUACCUUUUAAUACUAGCAUCACCUGGUGCCUGGGACAUUUUGUGGAAUGAUUCUUAUCAAUAUAUUCUGCACACAAGAGGUGGCCCCUAUUGGCAGUACGUUAGAAUACCAUUCUCCAAGUUUUUUUUAGUUUCCGCAGGUAGAAUACAAGAUACACAACAACCUCCGCCAUUAGCAAACAUUCUGACAUUUGGUAUAACAGCAGCUGACAAAAUUAAUGGAAAUUUCAAGCUCGAAAUUGAUUACAUUGGUGUCGAAUGUGAUCCUAGUCAUAGUGAAGAACAUGCAUAUGAAAUGUAUAGGACUCCGCAUAAAUUUCAUAUAUGAAUUAUUGAACGCAUUGUUUUAUGUGUACAAACGAAAUUGACUAAGUCUAGGUUCAUUAUAUUGUACAUGAUGAUAUGAAAUAAAAUUUACAUGAUAAAAAAUAGGAAAAAAAGUUAAAAACCA